GAGGAUGUUCAGACGUACGGAGCGAGGAAGUGGAUGAUGUGUGUGUUUUGUACACAGCAGUACUGACGCUGUCACCGUGUCGGUGUUUGGUGCUUUCAGGACGGAGCCUGCAGCUCACAGCAGCUUCUCAUGUUCACCGUGUUUUCCCUCCUGUCGGCCGUUUUCCGGCUCUCCUAGCCGGGCUGGAUCUGCAUGGAGGACCGCCUCACUAGAGGAUGGAGGAUUUAACCUGGAAACCUCAUGUCUGCUGUGAAGAUGUGGCGAUACACCAGCGGCCGUGUCCUCGGAGGAUGGGGCCCGCUGCUGUGCGUCCUCCUCGGCUCUCUGGUGGCCAUCCUGAUGCCCCUGGUGGGGGUGGAGAACCAGUGCUGCGCGGCCCUGAAGGGCAUGGCUCAGCUCCGCUGCCAGCUGUGGGGAAGCUCCCAGCAACCUCCAGCUGUGCAGUCCACCAGCCUCACUGUCCCCUUCACUGCCCUUGAUCUGCUGCCUCAGAGGUCCAAACCGAGCAAAGAGAUGGAGCUGGAGGCCAAAGCGGCUCUCCUGCAGGCUCUGGAGAUGAAGAAACUUGGGAAGAGGGAGAAGGCUCAUAAGCUGCUGGUCCACGCUCUCAGCAUGAAUCCAGACUUUGUGGAUGCCCUAACAGAGCUGGGGACCAUCCUGGAGGAGGAGAAGGACGUCGUCCAGGCAGACCAUCUCUACACCAAAGCCUUGGCCAUCUCGCCGUGUAAUGAGAGAGCUCUGGUCAGCCGUGACCGGACUCUUCCCUUGGUGGAAGAGAUUGACCAGCGUCACUUUGGCAUCAUUGACAGUAAAGUUCGCCGGCUUAUGUCCAUUCCUAAAGGCAACUCUGCACUCCGCCGGGUCAUGGAGGAGACCUACUACCACCACAUCUACCACACGGUGGCCAUCGAGGGCAGCACGCUCACUCUUUCUGAGAUCCGUCACAUCAUCGAGACGCGGUACGCCGUCCCUGGGAAGAGCCUGCAGGAGCAGAACGAGGCCAUCGGGGUGGAUGCAGCCAUGAAGUACAUCAACACCACACUGUUGUCCAGAACGGGAACCAUCACCGUCAGUGACAUCCUGGAGAUCCACCGGCGGGUUCUCGGCUAUGUAGACCCCGUGGAGGGAGGGAGGCUGCGCACCAGCCAGGUGUUUGUAGGUCACCACAUCCCCCCUCACCCACAGGACCUGCAGAGACACAUGCAAGAGCUGGUUCAGUGGCUCAACUCUGAGGAGGCGCUGCAGCUGCAUCCUGUGGAGUACGCCGCCCUCAGCCACUACAAACUGGUGUACGUGCACCCGUUUAUAGACGGCAACGGACGCACCUCGCGGCUGCUCAUGAACCUCGUCCUCAUGCAAGCUCGAUACCCACCCAUCACGAUCCGCAAAGAACAAAGGGCUGAAUAUUACGCAGCUUUAGACACAGCCAACGAGGGCGAUGUACGACCCUUUAUCCGCUUUAUAGCCAAAUGUACAGAGAUGACGUUAGACACAUUGUUGAUUUCUACAACAGAGUACGCCGUGGGGCUGCCAGCAGCGAGUCAGGACCAGGCCUGUUUGGACUGCAAACAGACCAUCCCGAUUCACAACUGAGCUAGAGACGGGAGCAUGACACAAUAGCACGCAGGGAAAGGAUGUGAUUAAUCUAAAAAGCUAUUUAAUAGACUGGUGGCACAGCUGACAGUUUGACUUGUCACAGGUUUAAUGACAGCUUAGUUACAGUGACAGUGACUUCCCCUAAGUGGUAUGCAGCUAUCCUUAAAACACCUGUGAGCUGAUGUCAAAAUAUCUGCUGUGCAAACACUCCGUGAUAAUCUUAGGUUUGGGUUCUUUAACUGCUGAUUUCAUUAAAACUGCAGGAUGAUGUGUUUUAGGUUUCGAAUCUUUCUCCUGCAAAACGACAAGUUUGGAUCCAAAUUGCCAUAAUAUUAUUCUGACUUUUUAAUUAGUUCCUGUCAGGAAACAAUCUGAAGUUUGACUACUGGUGAUGCGAGGAGGGAGGAAAAGUUUUCUUGAGAUGCUUCUGUGAUUUUUCACUGCAGAUGCGUAAUGUGUGAGUGAAUAUUUAGGUUUUUUUUCUUUGGGAUGAUGUCUCCUAACACUGUAAAGCACUUUGAUGUAUUUUGAUUAUUUAUUUUUAAAAUAAAAGUGUUCUAUUAACUUUCAUUAUAUCUUUUUAUUUAGAACAAAGGGAGCUGUGUGAGUGUCAUACUGGGAUCAAAGAUGAUUUACAUGAUUUUAUUAAAACCAGAAAAAAUACA